UUAAAUUGAAAGAAACAGAACAAAUCUAAACUUUGAAUAAUGCCUCGUCCGAAGACCUAUGGAAAGAAGUCACGGCCGCUGGGCGAAUCGCACGUUGUGGAUUUCUCAAGCCCGGAACAGCGAAGCCGGAAAUGUUCGACGACAAUUGAUUUGGAUCUCAUCGAGAAAUGCACGAAGCUUCGACUCAAAUCAGAUGACGCAAGACCAGAACCAGGCCUGAAAGAUCAGAGAAGAAUUCUGGGCGAAAGGAACGCUAACUGCUCUACGGUGAAGAAAGGCACUGAAGUGGGAGUUUCCUGCCAGCCGGAGGUGAACUUGAACGUGGAGUCUCGCUCUGCACGGAAGCAUGUUUCCAGACCUGUCAAAGAAGAUAUCAAGAAAUCGGAGGUGGCCAAAAUUUCGACAAAACAUGAGACUGUUGUGUCUUCUCCCAGAAUCUCAUCCAAUUCGGACCGGCCGAGGAAGACCAACACGCACAUUUUCUUUGAUGAUGAGAACACGGAUGCAAUUGAACACCAUGGGGAGGGAAUCGAGCAUAUCACGAGGCUAGCAUCGACAAGCACCGAUGAGAAGCCGUUACGGCAUUCGGAAGCCGGCGAAGUCUAUGACGAACAUUGCUCUUCACUCCUGUCACUAUCUUCACGGCCUUCGUCAGCGUUCUCAACCUUCGAAACCUGGUCGGCCGAGGUAGAGUCCCAUUUCGCCGUUUCAAAACUUGCGGAAGCCUCCUUCGGCGAAGUCUAUCGACUCUCUCUCCUGGACGACAUUCCCGAAUUCUCCAAAGCGGACGAGUCAGUAUUUAAGAUUAUCGCGCUGAAAAGCCCAUCGGCCACGCAUCCCACCGACAAACGCAAGAAGACCGCACUGCUAAAGCGAGAGGAAUUGAUGAGCACUCCCUCUGAUGUCGCCAAUGAGGUCCGCUUGCUACAACGCAUGACCCACAUCCCUGGAUUCACCAACUUCCGCGAUAUUCGGAUCCUGCAAGGCCGUCCCUCAGGCCCGUUCGUCGCUGCAUUUCAUGAAUUCGAUAAAUCACAGAAAGCAAAGGGCAAGGAUGGAAGCCAUUUCCCUGAUCCAGCGAAGAAAGCCAGUUAUGCUGAAACGCAAUUGUGGGCUAUCAUCGAAAUGCAGGAUGCCGGUACAGAUCUCGAGAGGUUGGUGGAGGCGGGACGGUGUACUUCAGUGUGGAGGACAUGGGACAUCUUCUGGCAUACUACGCUGGCGUUGGCAAAGGGAGAGCAAGGAGCGAGGUUCGAGCAUCGGGACCUGCAUCUCGGAAACAUCUGCAUAAGAAACAUGCCAGGCUCAUCAUCGUUAUCAUCGUCUACAGCACGAGAAGCCGCUGAGGAAUGGCUGACCGAGGACAUCGACGUUCAGCGGAAGCUCGCAUUCACGCCGUUGGAUACGACCAUCAUCGAUUACACGCUGUCGCGAGCUACAAUGACUUCUGUUGAAGACGACGAGGAUGGGGAUGAACUCGAAGCCGAUACUGAUAUUGCAUACAUGGAUCUUUCACGCGAUCCAGCCAUUUUCCAAGGCGACAGCACCGAAGAGUAUCAAUACGACAUCUAUCGGUACAUGCGCGGCGUUCUCUUUUGCGACGACGCCUACCACGACUUCGACAGUAACGGAAACUCUUCGCCUGAGGACCACGAGAUAGGCCAGAAUGAUGCAGAUGGCUCGGUACGGACAUGGUCGGAGUACCAUCCACAGACAAACCUCGUUUGGCUGCAUUUCGUCCUGUAUAUGCUGCUUGAGCAGAUCGUGUGGCCCAGCGAGACCCGCGCACCAAGCAAGCGCCCCGGCAAAGGAAGCCAUGCGUAUAAAGACGAACAAGCCAAACAUAAGCUCCGUGUCGCGCGACACAAACGCGGCAAGCACCUCGAAGCCAUCCUGCUGGAGCUGCAGACUAUCCUUGACCCAGCGCAGAUAUGUGCCAACGGGGUGAGAUCUGCGGGAGAUUUGGUUGCGCUUGCUAUGGGCGAGGGUUGGCUUGAUCUUCAGGACGUCAUAGGCCGGAUGGAUAGCGCAAACGAUGAUGCGGAUGAGCUCGAGAUGGAGUUUGAGGCGUUGAACCUUGAGGGUUGACCGGGCCGGCCUAUCUCAUUUGGGUCCCAUGCGCAUUGUCAGGAUAUUUUCGUGUUGUGUUUUGAGCGUGCAUAGCGAGCGUUGGCGUUCAAUCGAUAUUUCCUCUUUGACGAUGUGACGUCGCAUAGCGUUCGAAUUUAUGGCAUUCUUCUUGACACGCAUCGGCUCGAGA